AGAGCGUGGGCACGAACAGCGACCCCGAUUCAUUCAGCAGCACUAACGUGUCGGGUGGCGCUGAUGCCGCACCGGCUCCUCCGAGCACAGCGCCUGGGGAAACCAAGAUUCCAUCGGAGCUCAACGCAACAAUACCCUCGGACCACGACAUUUUGCUUGAGUUCCGCGAGUUGGCGGCCAUGGCUCUAAUUGGUGACAGCACCGUGCAUGUGUGUGUGUCUCGGGUGUUGUUGUUGCUUCUGGGGCUGUGGGGCACUGCGGCCCUCUGCUGA